UACAAAACCCUUAAAACUAAAUCACACUCCUAAUACUAUUCGAAAAUGCAUUAACGUUCUUACUAUUGAUUGCCCGAAAUUCGCAGAGUUACAAUGUAAUUUCGAAAACUACGACUUGAUCGGAUCACUAGUGACAAAAUUAGUUCGCACCGAGUUCAUCGAAUGCAAUCGAACGGUUCGAGUAGCUCGAUCGAGAGUGAAAGUACAUUCUCCUAACGAGUUGAAAAACAGUGAUAAGGUAUGAAACUUAUAGACGUCGUGUUUCAUCAGAAUUACGAGGGUGGCAAGGGUUCGCCCAGCUCGGAAAUGGAGCAGGCGGUGUUGGGUGUAUUGCGGGCGACCAAGGACCUACGCCAGCAGCUCAGCGCGACGACAAUGGAACAAGCGGGCGAUCUUGGCCAAGUGACAAAAGCCGGCCAGGAACUCGUGUCAACGAUCAGGAAUCUCGCGCUGGCCAAUGACAUCGAUCGUCUGCAGGAGAGCAGCGACAAGUUUCACGAGUACAUCGAGCACAUUCUCGAAGUAUGCAAACUUCUGAGACACGUUGCGCUUUCGGAGUCGCUGCAAGUGUCGGCGAAGUUCACGGAGAUCAAUCUGAGAAUAUACGGUCCCCAGGUCGUAACAGCCGCGCACACGCUAGCUAGGCAUCCCACCAGCAAAAUAGCCAAGGAAAAUCUCGAAGUAUUUGCCGAUAUGUGGCAGUGGCUGAUGACCGACGUGACGACGGUGGCAAAAGAUGUUCUGGAACUCAGCCAGAGUCGGCCGGAGAAGCAAGUUUACAUGUCUCUGCCGCGGCCAGGGAAACACGGCACGACGAGUAAGCCGCUGAAACCGGUGCGACUGGACAGCGAGGAACAGGCGAAGAUUGCCAAGGCUGGCCUCGAGAUGAAGCUGAUCACGUCAGAGAUGGACGCCGAAACGGAAAAGUGGCAGGAAAGCGGGAGCGCGCUGGAGGAGAACAACGACAUCGUGAAGCGGGCAAAGAACAUGUCCUCGAUGGCGUUCUCGAUGUACCAGUUCACACGCGGCGAGGGCGCCCUGAAGACCACCCAGGAUCUGUUCACCCAAGCUGAGUAUUUUGCCGAGGAGGCGAACAGAUUGUACAAGGUUGUGAGACAAUUCAGUUACCAGGUACCAAGUGGACCGCACAAGAAAGAACUCCUGGAGAAUCUGGAUCGAGUGCCGACUUACGUGCAGCAACUGCAAUUCACCGUGAAGAACCCCACCGUCGGCAAGGCCGCCACUUUCACGAAAGUCGACAACGUAAUACAAGAAACAAAAAAUCUCAUGAAUGUGAUCUCGAAGGUGGUCACAACGUGCUUCGACUGCGCCACAAAGCACAAUCUCGUGAUGCCUCAACACGUGGAGCUCAGCCCGACGACGGUGCCCGGCCAGGCCGAAGAGGAUCGUUUGUACCCGAUUAGCCCGCAACUGUUGCCCUCCACGAGUCCCUACGUGCAGCCCCAUCCGCUCACGCCCGCGCAAUUUCACAGUAUCCUGAAACCACCGCCGAGCCUGAGCCUAACUUUCACCCCGUUCUCCUACGGCACCCUGCCAAAUCCGUCCGCGAGUCCCGCGACCCGAAACUCCGUUCCCUUCAUGCAUCCGUCCGCCCUACCGUUCACACCGGUGCCCGGAACACAGCAGCAGCAGCAACAGCCGCCGUACUGCCUGCAGAAUCUGCAGCUCCUACAGCUGCAGUUGCACCACGCACAGCUGCAGCAUUUAAGACACGCGACGCUACCCAGAUAGUAGCAGCCCUGUGCAAUGCCGUCGUGCCGUAGCACGUGGCACGUGACACCGUCGUGAAAACGUUUCACGCGCACGCACGCACGCGCGUCGAGAACGCUACGCGUACCUUCGCACCCAGGUUCGACCCUUGGUUUCGUUUCAAGCUUCCUUUUGGUUUACUUUGUACCUCCCCGCUUCCCAUCGCAUUGCGAAACCGCUUGAUAUCAUCGUAAUCGCGAUGAAGAUAGUGAUGAAUGCAUUUAAUUUCUGAAUGUAACUAAACAGAUUUCCCAUCGAAAUUAUGACGAUACGAUUCGCUGCCUUUUGGCCUGUAACUUCGCGGCUUAUUACUGGAUAACAUACAGGGUGUAACAAAAGUCUGGAAACGGUCGAAUAUUUCAUAAACUAUGCAUUUUAGAAAGAAAUGUUUC